AUGGCACAACGCUACGGUGUACAAGGUUUUCCUACCAUUAAAUACUUUGCACCAGGGAGCGAGCCUGUCGACUACCAAGGCGGGAGAAGCGCUUCGGAUAUAAUCCAAUUUGGCCUGUCCAAGGCGUCUGAAAAUGUAGCACCGCCCGAGGUAGUCCAGCUUACUGAAAGCAAAAUUCUGAAAGAUAACUGUGACGAGAAACCGCUGUGUAUUGUGUCGAUUCUGCCUGAUAUUCUCGAUACCGGAGCGGCUGGGAGGAACGAGUACCUAAAGAUUCUCUUAGAAAUUGGCGAGAAAUACAAGAGUAAGUUAUGGGGUUGGGUUUGGACCGAGGCUGGAAAACACUCGAAACUUGAAGAGGCUUUAGGGAUGGGGGGUUUUGGCUACCCCACCCUAGCCGCUGUCAAUGUGCGAAAAAUGAAAUUCUCCAUAUUAAAGGGGUCGUUUGAUAAAGCUGGUAUCGACGAAUUUCUGCGUCGGUUAGCAGUCGGUCGUGGUUCUACCGAGCCAAUCCGGGGGGCGGCUUUGCCCGAGCUCGAGACCGUGGAGUCCUGGGACGGGCUAGAUGGACAGUUACCGGAAGAGGAGGAUAUUGAUUUGAGUGACUUCGAUAUGGAUGAGGAUAGUGAGAAGGAUGAACUAUAA